CCUCCCACACCCUCUACUCACACACACGGCGCCCUCCGAGCCAUAGCACACCAUGCUAGUAGUGCAUUCCCAAUGCUCGCGCAUACCUCCUCUAAGCUAGCACGCACGUACGCCCCAGUGUCGGAUACGGCAUGCACGCACGUCUCCGGCUCCUUGCCCGCUUGCUUGCUCAUGCCCCAAGCACACGCUUAG